AUGAAAGAGAAUUUAUCACUCAACAUCAUCAUGGAGCUCACAAAUUUCUCCAUAAUGAGGAACUUGGUCAUCCUCCUUCAGCUGUUGAGUUUGGCAUCGCGGGCCUCCAGCAAGGCGGUGUUUGCCCAUUUUAUGAUGGCAAACACUGGGUUAUAUGAACCAUCAGAUUGGAGACAAGACAUGUCCCUCGCCAAGGAGGCCCACAUCGAUGCAUUUGCACUGAACAUGGCUUAUGGUGUCAAGACAAAUGAACAGUCUGUUGCGAACGCUUUUACCAUGGCAGAGAACCUUGGCUUCCAUCUAUUUUUCUCCUUCGACUAUGCCGGGAAUGGAUCUUGGCCAAAGGAACAGGUCAUCAGUAUGCUGCAAAAUUACACCCCGAGCACCGCAUAUUAUCGUCACGACGAAAAGCCAUUUGUAUCUACAUUUGAAGGAACCGAAAAUGCAGAUGACUGGAUUACAAUCAAGCAAAAGACGGGAUGUUUUUUUGUCCCUGACUGGUCGUCCGUAACAGCCAACUCUGCCCUUAAGCUUGCUGGGGGUAUCGUUGACGGCUUGUUCUCGUGGGCUGCCUGGCCAACAGACUCUCGUCGGAUGACAACUUAUGUGGAUGCCGCGUUUAUUAGUAGCCUUGGAAAUGUUGGCAAGCCAUACAUGAUGCCAGCCUCCCCGUGGCUCUAUACUAAUAUGCCUGGCUACGACAAAAACUUCGCAAGCCACGGAGAUGACUUGUGGUAUGAUCGCUGGAUGGAAGUUAGCUUUCUCGAACCCGAGUGGGUUGAAAUCAUUUCCUGGAAUGACUAUGGCGAGUCACAUUAUAUUGGGCCUCUGAAUGAAAAAGGCUAUGGCGUUUUCACUGCGGGAAAAGCACCAUAUAACUAUGCCCGAGGAAUGCCGCACGACGGCUGGAGACAGCAGCUUCCGUACGUGAUUGAUUUGUAUAAGAAAGGAACAUCCUCUGUGUCAGAGGAGAGUCUGGUUGUUUGGUAUCGGACGCAACCUCGGACUGCUUGCGGGGGAGGUAAUACCACUGGUUUUACAACUCAGCUUCAAGUCAAAAAAGACGCUGAUACGUGGAUUACGGACAAGAUAUUCUUCUCAGCACUUCUCGCUUCUAAUGCUUCUGUCAAAGUCAGUAUCGGUGGAGACGAAAAAGACGCAAAAUGGGAAUUUGAACCGGAUGGAGGUGUUGGCAUCUACCAUGGCAGCUUUGGUUACGAUUCUAAGCACCUCGGAGAAACCGAGGUCACUAUUCUGCGCGAUGACAAAGAGAUGGUAUCCCUCAAAGGUCGCGCUCUCACUAAUGAUUGCACCGUCGACCUCGCCAACCUAAACGCAUGGGUUGGAAGCCUAGCGUCGGGAAGCACUAUCAACCCAGUCUCGCCAGAGUUGUCAAUAUCAGAACAAACUUGCAUUGCAGGAGCCGGAUCUUCAAACUUUACAGAGCUGUGUGAGUUCACUUGCAAGUACAGCUAUUGCCCUCUUGAUACAUGCUACUGCACUGCCAUGGGUGCCCCAAAGGAGAAACCAAAAGCCACCAAAGACAAAGGCUAUUCGAAAAAUGGGGAUGACAGCUAUGCAGGACUGUGUUCUUUUGCAUGCCAUUAUGGAUUUUGUCCGAAGGACCUUUGCUCGGAAACAAAACCUUCGACUACAACAAGCCACCCAGCUCCCACUGCUUGUGGCAAAGGCCACUGCACACAUACCAAUACCAACGACGGAUUACAACGACCCCUUCCUUCCUUUUAUUCUCUCUUUGGGCUGCAUCUCUUCAUAUUUUCUGUCAUUGGGGUUCAUUUUUAUUUAGGGGAGUGA